ACGUUCCGUAGUGCAGGGGCAUGUGCCGUUCACGUAGACGAAGAUAAUUUACACAGGCAGUGGUUCGACACAGCAGAUGCAACGACUUCAGUGGCAGCACCCCGCCAUUAGCGCCAAAUUGCAAUUCUAGAAACCCAAGCUAUAUUCUACAUAGUGUCUGCUUUGAGUCCCUAACUUUUGGCCUUUCACUCUUGAGAAUGCCGUCCCCAAUUAGUUGGUUCCGCGCCCUGACGCCGAAAGCACAAGGCCUCAUCGGUAUGGGCAUGCUGUCAUGGGGAGCCAUCGGGUUGUACGCUUCAGAUACUGCAGAAGAAAAACUCGGCUUCAAGCCGUCGGAAGAGGAUAAGGCGGCGUUACAAGCCAUGACACCGAGAAUCUCUGUCGUUGACCGCGAAUAAUCUUGCCCUAUGCUUCGACAUAUGCGAUAUUUCAACGGGUCUAAAUAAAGGAAGGCGUUCAUGGGUUACAGACUGGGGGCAUGCAGCGGCGUUCUUGGGCCGCGCACUGAGGGGCAUGAGGAGGCAUAAGGCCAUUCAGAGUUCGAAGCGGGACAGAACGAACAGAGCUGUAUACCAGUGCGAUACAUACUACAUGUGCCCCAAGAGAAGGCAGACAGUGACGGUGGGUGGUGGGUGGUGGGUGGCAAUUCAUAGAUUUACAUGGGCGUAUAUGGCGGGGCACCUUUCGCCGUUCGCAUCACCAAAGGAUUGGAAAGUUACAUGGACACUUCAUACUAGAGCAU